GGAAAUGCGCCUGCUCUGAUGACAAACCAGACUACCACAACAUACGGACAGUAACGAUGCGAUCUUACAUCGUGUGCUUCUCGUUUGCACUCCAGUGCUUCAUUCUCAAAAGCGCCUCAGAGUACUCGUCAAAAUCCGAUUUAGAAUACGAAUUUGGAGACUAUCGUGGCAAGUUUUGUAUUGACGAUCAAGGUUUUGUGUACAGCAUCGGAGAGGUUUAUUAUCCGAGCACCACAGCGUGUCCCUGCACCUGUACAGAGGAUGGACCAGUGUGCGUCAGACCAAAGUGCCCGAAAAUACACCCGAGAUGCACGCGCAUCAAAUACAAGUCGUGCUGUCCCGUGUGUGAGGCUGUCAGUAAAGUUUGCGUGCACGGAGGAAAAACGUACAGAGUGCUGGAAGAAUUCAGGUUGUCUCCCUGUGAACGAUGUCGGUGUGAAGUCAAUCGAGAAGUUUACUGCACCAUCUCUGGCUGUCCUGCCUUGCAUUGUGUGAAUCCUGUAUAUGAACCCAACCAUUGCUGCCCGGUGUGCAAGACCGGGCCAAACUGCUUUGCUGGAAAUCGUGUGAUCCCAGUUGGAGAACGUGUUGAGAUUGAUGAGCGUCUGGUGUGUUUCUGCACCUACCAGGAUGGAACGUGGCAGACACACCCUCACGCUACCUGUGAGGAGCUCCAGCAACCAGACAAUGAGGCCACUGACUUUGAUGACACGUUCAAACAGAUGGAAGAGCAGGAGAAAGAGAAGGAUAGAGUGUUCUUGCCUAGGCUGGAUGCCAUCCCAUGAAGGGAAGUGUGCCUGGCACCAAAAGGCUGAAAGGCAGGAAGUGAGCGCCAUGCAGGUGUCUGUGCCCAGAGUGAACACAACCUGUGCUGGGAUUGCUGCCAGAGCUGACUUCUUUAGCCAAACUCAGCCCCCCUACCCUCCCUGACACAGAUCGCCUUCCAUGUGCAGUAGCAAUGUAUUUACAGGACAUGGAACAUUUCUUAAUUUAUUUCUGUUUGUAUAGUGUAUAUUUGUGUUUAAUACUGUAUAUGAUUGUCCACUUCUGUUCUUAUAAAAAUGCAGUUAUGUAGAAUUAUAUUUAAUUAUAGAGUGUCAUAUUUAAAAACAUAAUCUUUGAAUACCAUUUUUCACAUCAUUCUUUUAGCAUGUUAAUGAAUGCACUGAUUUCUAGUACAUUCAAGUGAUUUCUUCCAUGGUGAAUAUCAUGUAUAAAAGAAUUUGAAUGUCCAUUCCAACAAAUGUAUUUAUUGAAUUCAAUUACAAUAUUAUUAAAUAUAAACUGUGAUACAAUUUUGUUCUCAGAAAGAGAAUUAACAUAUGUGCUUGUUUAGACUGGACAUUGCUAAAAUAGUUUAGUGUGGCAUGUUUUGAGACAUGAAAAAAUGACUAGUUUUCAAAGGGCUAGUGAAAUGGAAAAAAUAGAAUGUAUGUAUUAAGAUCACCUCAGGUUUGAAUAUGUGAUCCUUUUUCUCAUUAUUUAUAUAACAGCUAAAUCUUUGUAUCUUUGAUGGUUUGUUGAUUUUACUGUAACAGGUGUUUUCUUUUAUAAAAUGCACAGAAUGAAAUUCAAGGUGGCCAGUGUGCAAAGGACUAAUGUAAAUAUCAUGGCAACAUUGUCUAUUAAUUAAAAAAAUAUUUGUAGUAUAUUGGUUUUUAUUUCAACAGUGAUAUGUUGUAAUGUUAAAACAGAAAAAUAAAAAUCAAGGAAACCG